ACUUCCAUGCUUUUCUCGUCGACACCGUUUCUCUUGUGAUUUAAAUACAGUCAUAGUAAAGCUUGUAGCUCUUGAGAGGAUUACGCUCACACGUUACAACAAUGGCAGCUAAGAGUCGUAGCUACCAAAUAUCAGCAAUCCCAGCUACAAUAUUUGGGCAUUUGCUAGCUAUAGCCAUAACAAUCCUGGUUCUUGUUUGGAUCCUAAAGUUCCGCGGUGGCUUCGCUCUCGAAACCCUCAUCAAAGAGAAAAUUAUAAAUGUUCAUACGUUUCUAAUGGUGGUUGGGUUUAUAUUGAUCGGUGGAGAAGCAAUCAUGGCAUACAAGACAGUCCAAGGGGAAAGGAACACGCAAAAAGGGGCGCACCUGAUAUUGCAUCUUCUAGCUCUGGUGGCUAUAAUUUUUGGGCUUUACUGUGCCAUCAAGUUUGAUCACGAAUCCGGAGUUCAACAUUUUCUUACUUUACAUUCCUGGCUCGGCAUAAUCACCAUCUCAUUAUUUGGUCUUCAGUAUUUGUUUGGCUUCGUUCUGUAUGUGUUUCCGGGUGGCGACAAGUCGUCGAGGGGAAAUUUUAUGCCAUGGCACACAUUUUUCGGGAUGGUGAUAUUUCUUCUAGCAGUGUGCACGGCUGAGACGGGGUUGCUGGAGAGGUUCUUUUUCUUGGGCGUAAUAAAAAUGAAUGAACAAGUACUUAUAGUCAACUUCAUUGGCCUUUUGCUCUUUCUCUUUGCAGCCACCGUCAGCCUCACCGUCCUCCUCCCUGGGUCUUACUAAUUGAUCAUACCAAUUCUUCAUCUUUACCUGAGUAUUUUCUCUUGUCAAUAUGUUGUUUUGAGACGAAUUAGUUUUGUUGUGUUAUUUUUAUACAACGUUAUAUUUACGCUAAGA